CGGGGUCCUUCCUAUCUUUGCGGACAAGGCACGUGGACAUGGCCGCGACCUGGAUCAAAAUGAAGAAAAGCAGCUAGUGGAAUUAGUACGAUGUCGCGGUAUCCUGACGCCCUCAGCGGCCCUUGCUUCCCUAAUAGUGCGACCAUCCGACCUCGUUCGGAGUUUGCUAGAACGUGCUCCAGCUGUGUUAGGUAGUAGUGUAUUUCUACCUCGUCCAGGAGCUGUAGGUAGUGUACCGCCUCCGUCGUCCACAUCAUCAUCCUCUACAUCGUCUCCUAUGAUGCUAGGCAUCUCCUCUACUACUACAUCUUCGAUAGUGCUAGGAAUCUCCUCGACUACCACGGCUCCUAUGCAGCUAGGAAUCUCCUCUACCUCUCCUCUGAUAGCCGUCCAUUUACGUACCUUCGUGAUUGACAAUCACGUCUGGCAUAAAAACCUGUUUGAAGCCAGAGCAUUCCUCGAUCGAGAAGAGGACACGCGACACGUGGAUCCUCGUGAUUUCAAGCGGAAUUGCACAACUACUGGCGCCCUCAUUUGCUCUCUGCCUCCGAAUGUUGAUACGUGGACUGCGGACACAGAGUGGCCACAGAGAGUAAACCGCAGACUUCGUUUGCUGCGGGAAGAAAAUGCCGAUAGAAUUUUUCAUCAGAGCUCUAAUAUUGUCUCGGGGAUGAAAGCUGAGGACACCUCAGGUCGGGAGAUGGAUACCUUGCGGCAAUCUUUUUCUGAUUUAGUUGCGGAUUGGUACCGAAUCCAGAUUUUAGAACCUAUCGGGAAAUGCGUAUCGAAAGUUCGAAGGCAAGCGGUUACCUUGUCGUCUGAAUUAGCACUUCAAGUGGCAGUAGUAGGUGAUAGCGCAGGUCUAGUCGAGGACGUCAAAAGGUUUCUCAAAACCCCUAUUCGUGACAUUUUUCCAAGCGAUCCGAC